UGGGCACUCAAAAAAACUAGACUUUCUUCUCACGUGUGAAGCUGGAUACGGACCCAGACGCAGACAUGACACGAAAGUUAAAAAAGUAUGGCUCCUUCCCCUGCACAACCGUCCGCUUGACCUUCCCGGGAUGACAACUACAUACACCUGUACGUAGGUACAGCCCUGAUUGUCUGCACCUGUGUUCACCCUUCCCCCGUAUGUCUAUUUAGUCCGCGUCGUCCCAUCGCCUUGUGCCAGUGCGUCUUGUUUGCCAUGACCACCAGCGACGCCAUAGCCACAGCUAUCUCCCGAGCCUUGCCCGUGUGUUCUUGCCUUGUUUUUUCCCUCCAUGUGAGGCGCCUUUUGUUUGCUGUUCCCGGCCCGUUUUUUCCCUCAAGUAGAGGCGCUUUUGGUUAUCCCCUUUUUCCUCGUGUUGAGGCACUUUUUGUUGGCAACUUUUCCCUCCUUGCGAGGCGCCUUUUGUUCGGAGCGGCCAUCCGCCGAGACAAUAAAGCCAGUGGAUUUUCCAACUCUGCGUUCGAGUCCUCUCCCUGCUCUGUCCGUGACAGUACGCACUGGCCAGACAUGGACUCGGCAGAGUCAGAACGGCUGGCCUCCGCGGUGCGCUCCCAGGCAUCGACGCUAGCCCAACACCAGCAGCAGGUCGAGGCCCUGGGAGUAGAUGUCCAGGAGAUCCGGAGGAACCAAGACGACUUUAGAGCGGCGGUGGCGGCUCAAGUGGGAUCACUGAGCCAGCAGAUGCAGGACAUUGUCAGACUACUGACCGCUGGACCAACAGCGAACCCCAGCUCUCCAGUGUCCCCCCCGAUCGAUCGGCCGGCGCCCGCGCUCAUGGCAAUGGGUGUCAGGCUGGCUCCCCCAGAACGGUACGCUGGAGAACCUGGGGGCAGCAAAGCCUUCGUCACGGAGUGCCAGAUGCAAUUUGAGCGGUUCCCAGGCGAUUUCCCCACCGAGCGCUCCCGGGUGGCCUACAUGCUCUCAUACUUGACUGGAAGAGCCCGGGCAUGGGCAACGGCAGAAUGGGCCCGGGAUUCCCCCACGUGCCACUCUCUUUCCACGUUCGUCGAGGCUCUGCGCACGGUGUUCGAUCCAGUUUCCUCGGACCGGGAAAAGGCGCGCGAGCUCUGCCAGCUGUCCCAGGGUCGAGAGUCCGUCAGCGACUAUGCGAUCCGCUUCCGCACUCUGGCCGCGGAAUGCGGGUGGAACCAGACGGCCCUGUACGACCUCUUCCUCAAAGGCCUUUCGGGAACCAUCCAGGACCUACUCGUUCCUCUCAACCUCCCCUCGGACCUCGACGCGCUCAUCGCCCUGGCAGUCCGCACCGACAAUCGCCUGCAGGACCGGAAGAAACAGCGCACAAGCCGGAGCGCGACCGUCUUCCCCCCCGUGGCCAGGUGGGCAUCGCCGCACCACGAGACACACCGCCAAGGGUCGAGCACGGCACUACUACCGCCCGAGGCUGAACCCAUGCAACUCGGCCGAGCCAAAGUGAGCGCCGAAGAGAAGCAGCGCCGAUACCGGGAAGGUCGUUGCUACUACUGCGGCGCUCGGGGACAUCUUGUCGUCUCCUGCCCCGAAAGAAAGACUAUGAAGGUAAGCGCCUUCUCCGGUAGCCAGCAGAAGGGUCGAAGCCUACCCAUCGGUGCCCUUACAUGUUCCGGGAAAAGCCUCCAACUAGGAGUGUUAAUUGACUCCGGGGCGGACGAGAGCUUGAUCGACUGGGCUUUCGCCCGGCAGUUAGGAGUAAGAACCGAACCCCUAGCCAAGACUGUGAAGGCCAAGGCACUCAAUGGGCAUGCGCUCUUUGACAUAUCUCAAAUCACGGAACCCCUUUCUCUGUCAUUUGGUAACCAUCAUGAAAAGAUCAGGCUACAUGUGGUUACCUCUCCCAUGAGCCCGAUCAUCCUCGGAUACCCGUGGCUAUCGCGGCAUAACCCCAUCGUGGACUGGGGGUCCGACACCUCGCUCAAGGCCGGAUUAAUCCGACCCUCGUCCUCCCCUGCAGGGGCGGGGCUUUUCUUCGUGGGCAAAAAGGACGGUACCCUACGCCCCUGCAUAGAUUAUAGCCCCCUCAACCAAAUCAAUAUAAAGAAUCGAUACCCCCUUCCACUCAUGGCGACGGUCUUCGACCAGUUGCAGCAAGCCCAAGUUUUUACCAAGCUCGACUUGCGUAAUGCUUACCACCUCGUGCGCAUCAGGGAGGGAGAUGAGUGGAAGACGGGGUUCAACACCCCCCGAGGACACUUCGAGUACCUAGUGAUGCCAUUUGGGCUCACCAAUGCCCCUGCUGUGUUCCAAGCGAUGAUUAAUAAUGAUGUUCUGGGAGACUUUAUAGAUCAUUUUGUUUAUGUCUACCUGGAUGACAUUUUAAUUUAUUCACCUGAUACGGAGACCCAUGAACACCAUGUUAAGUCUGUCCUGCAACGCCUCCUGGACCAUCGCCUGUACGUGAAGGCGGAGAAGAGCGAGUUCCAUGUCGACACCAUAUCCUUCCUUGGCUUCAUCAUCGCACCCGGUACAGUACAAAUGGACCCAGCCAAAGUAAGUGCCGUGACCCAAUGGCCCAGACCCGAUAACCGUAAGAAAGUGCAGCAGUUUCUGGGUUUUGCGAACUUCUACAGACGGUUCAUCCGAGGCUUCAGCGCCACAGCGGCCCCGCUGCACGCUCUGACUUCUUCGACGACCCCCUUCUGUUGGACAACGGAGGCAGAGGCCGCCUUCCAGGAGCUUAAGAGGCGAUUCAGCACCGCCCCGAUCCUCACACUACCCGACCCCACUCGCCAGUUCGUGGUGGAGGUAGACGCCUCCAGUCGAGGAAUCGGCGCCGUCCUCUCCCAAAGGUCACCCGAGGACAACAAGCUCCACCCGUGCGCCUACCUGUCCCGACGGAUGACCCCCGCCGAACAGAAUUAUGAUGUAGGUGAUCGGGAGCUGUUGGCGGUGAAGCAGGCGCUGGAGGAGUGGAGACACUGGCUGGAGGGAGCCCAACAACCCUUCCUAGUGUGGACGGAUCAUAAGAAUCUGCAGUACAUCAAAAAUGCCAAACGGCUGAACUCACGCCAGGCACGGUGGUCGCUUUUUUUUAACAGUUUCAAUUUCACCUUGUCGUACAGACCAGGGUCCAAGAAUGCCAAACCCGAUGCACUAUCACGCGUCUACAGCCCGGACCCGGAGACCAAGGAGCCCGAACCCAUUCUUCACCCUCGCUGCGUGGUGGGGGCCGUGACCUGGCCCAUUGAGGAGCAAGUAAAGCAGGCCAAUGGCGACGCACCACCCCCUGACGGCUGCCCAACGAAUCGCCUUUUUGUGCCACCCCCGUUGCGGCCCCAAGUCAUCCACUGGGGGCACACCUCCCGGCUCGCCUGCCAUCCCGGCGUGCAACGAACCCUGUACGUGGUACAGCAGCGCUUCUGGUGGUCCUCCAUGGCGGCCGACGUCCGGGAGUACGUCGCAGCCUGCUCGGUUUGUGCGCGCAACAAGAACGCGCCCGGGUAGGCCUGCUACAACCUCUCCCCAUUCCCUCUCGCCCCUGGGCCG